CAUUUUCAUUCAUACUCUGCUGCCAGAAAAUGACAACUGUAUCACUAUGUAAUAUAAUUUCAUUCAACUUCGAAGUUUUCGUAGCAAUUACGUGAUAAGUGUUUAAGUGUCUAAAUGAUCAUGUAAAUAUUGUGUAUACUGUUUGAUUGUUUGUUUAAAUAUAAGUGAAAAACAUUCUACAAAAUGGCAGGUCGCAAUCGUUCUGUUCAACACAAAAACUUUUCAACAAUAUUUUCAAAGUUACAAGGGGCUUUUUCCGACGUGGUAACGCACCCGAAAUACGCGACCGAUAAACGAACUCUUGAUAAAACUUGGAAACUUAUGGACAAAGUGGUAAAGUUGUGUCAACAUCAAAAAAUGAACCUCAAAAACUCACCCCCAUUUAUUUUGGAUAUUCUUCCAGAUACCUAUCAGAGGUUAAGGCUGAUUUACUCAAAAUACGAAGAUAACCUGCAGGCUUUACACUCUAUUGAACAUUUUAAUAUAUUUAUAAUUAAUUUAAUGAGGAAGUGUAAGCAAGCAAUUAAACUUUUCAAGGAGGGUAAAGAGAAGAUGUUUGAUGAAAAUUCUCAUUACCGAAGAAAUUUAACAAAACUUAGUUUAGUGUUUAGUCAUAUGUUGAGUGAACUAAAGGCACUGUUUCCUAAUGGUGUCUUUGCAGGUGAUUUGUUUAGGAUUACCAAGUCAGAUGCUGCUGAUUUCUGGAGGAUAAAUUUUGGCAACAGUACGUUGGUGCCAUGGAAGUUAUUCAGACAGGAGCUUAAUAACGUCCAUCCAAUUAGUUCUGGAUUAGAAGCAAUGGCUUUGAAAUCUACGAUAGACCUUACUUGCAAUGAUUACAUAUCGAAUUUUGAAUUUGACGUUUUUACCCGAUUAUUCCAACCAUGGGGUACGUUGUUAAGAAAUUGGCAGAUACUCGCCGUAACCCAUCCGGGUUACGUGGCUUUUCUCACCUACGACGAAGUUAAAGCAAGACUGCAAAGAUAUAUAAACAAGGCUGGUAGCUACGUGUUUAGACUGUCAUGUACCAGGUUAGGCCAAUGGGCCAUUGGUUACGUUACUCCGGAUGGAGAGAUUCUACAAACUAUACCUCAGAAUAAAAGUCUGAUACAGGCGUUGUUGGAUGGAUAUCGGGAAGGAUUCUACCUCUAUCCAGAUGGCAGAUCUGUUAAUCCUGACUUAUCUUGGGCGGUACAACCCAGUCAGGAGGAUCAUAUAGCCGUUACACAAGAGCAAUACGAGCUUUAUUGUGAGAUGGGCAGUACAUUCCAAUUAUGUAAAAUAUGUGCCGAAAACGAUAAAGAUGUACGCAUCGAACCAUGCGGGCAUCUACUUUGUACACCAUGUUUGACAGCAUGGCAGGCGGGAUCAGAAGGCCAGGGAAGCCAAGGCUGCCCCUUCUGCCGAGCCGAAAUCAAAGGAACGGAACAAAUAGUCGUCGAUCCUUUCGACCCUAAGAAGUCACAUCAGAGACCCAAAACAACAAUGUCGAACGCGACAGGCAAUAACUUCGGCAACAACCUCGAUGACGACGAUCUGGAGUUAGAGGAUACAGGUGAAAUUUGGAAUUUUGCAGGCAGCAGUUUGCAUGCACUGUCCAUUACUCCUAGAAGCGAGAUUUCUGCUUCAGCGAGUCCUAUGAUUUCACCUGGGAGCAGUCCGAGAUGUUUACGAAGAAACGUGCCAGUGGUGGUACCACCAGCAGCGCCACCCCCUCUACCACCUCGAAAGAGCUCACCGACUCACGAACAAACAAUUCUGCCAACAAUCGUUCCUACCUCAUCCAGUAUUCGAAACGGCGUAGGCCUUAGCGAAGCGCAAUCCGUCACUAAUUUGACACACAUCAACAUAGAAGUGCCUCAAAUUCCCAAAAGCAGCUCUAUGCUAAAUAUCGAAUUACAUAGAGCUGGAAGCGGAGAACAUGAGGUAAUCGAACUAAGCUCCCCAGAAACUAUAUGCGGCGUAGUUAUACAAAAUAGUGAUUACUACGAUCGUAGUAGUAUCGUGACCACUACGACAACAGAGACCAAAUUACCGAACAGGCAUUUGAGUUGCCCUUCCAACAGAAGUACACCGAGACCUUUAAAACCGCCGAAAUCGUACACCACGCCAAAUAUAAGUCAGGAAAGCCAGUCUUUGCAAUAUGAAAACGUUGAAAUUGAGGCACCUCCAAAAACCCAGCAACGAAUAAAUCCAUUAGAAAAAGCAACCAACGUUUCUUACGAAAACCUUAAUAUGGAUUAUAUAAAGAAAUUAGUCAGUGAAGGAUAUUCUCGUGAUGCUGUAAUAAAAGCUUUAGGGAUUACUAGAAAUAAUGUCGAUAUGGCUUGUGAUAUUUUGCACGAAUUUGGGACGAAACUGGGAUAGCAGACCUAAUUCAUUGUUUGUUAAUUGUUUUAUUUUGUUAUAUCUGCUGCGUUAAAGCAAAUUUUAUUAUCACUGUUAAUUAUGUGACAAAAAUUAUAUUAUUUAUAUACUUAACGAAGAGUUCAGGCAAUAAAGCAUUUUAAAAAAUGUUCA